GUGCUGAUCUAAUUUGAACUACAUUUCCCAUUGUGCCCCGACACCCAUCCGCGUGCUCGAUGCUUUUGCGCGUCUGCUGCCGUCUUUGCAGAUUUAUAAACAAUGCGGCUAGGCUGACUCGAUGUGCAAAAGGCACACAGGGACAUCCAGAUGAUUUGUACAGCGGCUGAACUGCGUUGCCGCUCCUGAAUGUAACUUCAGUUUAUAUUUGGCUUAAAGGAGACGCAACAAAGCGCACAAAAUGGUUGUGCUCCAGGCCCGGGCGAAUAAGUAGGUUUACUAUAGCUUUAAGAACGCGAAAAUAGUGUCUGCUUCUUUAAAAUUAUAUCGGUUUAUUGCUGAAUAGAUAAUUAAGAAAAGUUUUCAAUUCCUAAUCAAUAAAUAUAUGCCUUUAAUUUGCGACGAAUCCUGCGCAUUGAUAGAAAAUGUCCCACUGUUGGAUAAAGGCCGCUUGCAAUCAAAACGUCUUUAAACCAGAUGUUGUCCGUUUUUCAUCAAAUUGCUAGUAAACCUGCUUCACUUAAGCUGAAUUUAAAGUCGGCUGAAGUGUCCUCAAGGUGAUGGAACCGGCGGGCGACCGAACCGGAGGUGUAAAUAAAGGUGAAGAGCCGGUGGAGGACAAGGCCGCAGAAGAGACCCCGGCCACCAGUACCACUGCUUCCCCGCGGAGGGGGCUCAGAGAGCGGGGAGCUUGCCGCCCGAGGUCCGGCGUCUCUGCUUCAGUAACGGACGUUAACGGAGCAGCGUCGAGCCCGCAGAGCUCAGGACGAGUUUUAAGAGACAGGUCAACGAGGGCAGUACCGGCCUGGCUGAAGGACACCAGGAGCGACGACGACGAGGACGAACCGAGCCCGGAUACCGGUGCGACCAAGCGAAGGAAAGUUUCCAACUCGAGGCGGAAGAAAAAUCCUGAAACUGCGGGCUCGGCUGAGGCUGGAGGGGGGGUCGCAGGUGACAGCCUUCAAGGCACAGACUCAGAGGACCCAAAGAAACCUGCCACAGAUGCUCAAGCUCUACCCUCCAGACGCCCCCCAGCCCAGACUCGUGCCAAACCCCCAUCUGGCAGGGCUGUCCGCGGCUCUGCCAAGCCUGUGUGUAAGACCGAACCUGGAAUGGAGAAUCCAGCUGUUGGAGAGGUAAAAAAUAAAGACAAGUAUGACAUUAAAAAGAAAGAGGAGGAAAACGAGGAUGUCGCUGAACCAGUCCUGGAUGAUGAAGACCCUCCAUUCCGGGAUGACCCGAACAACCUCGGCUACCAGCUACAGAGUCAGAGUGGUGCGGAGGAAGAACAGGCUCUCAGCAGUGACGAAGAUCUUCCUUUUAGAGAUGACCUAAAUGACCAGAGCUAUGAUCCGAAGGCUGAACGGGAUGUCCCUAAACCAAAGCGCAGAGCUCCUCCGAGACAGAAGGAGAAGAAAGACAAGGACAAGGCACCUAAAAAAGAGAAAGAAGUUGCUGAGAUAAAGAUAGAAGGUUCAGAUAAUGUGGAGAGUUUUGAAGAAGAAGUAAAGCUUGAGGAAGAAAUAGUGGAAGACCCGGAUGGACCCAGGAAGAGAGGCCGACGGAAGAAAGACGAUAAAACCCCACGGCUGCCAAAGAGAAGGAAGAAGCCCCCAGUGCAGUAUGUGCGCUGUGAAAUGGAGGGAUGUGGGACCGUUCUGGCUCAUCCUCGCUACCUACAGCACCAUAUAAAGUACCAGCACUUGCUCAAGAAGAAAUACGUCUGUCCUCACCCUUCAUGUGGAAGACUUUUCCGACUACAGAAGCAGCUGCUGCGUCAUGCAAAGCACCACACAGACCAGAGGGACUACAUCUGUGAGUUCUGUGCUCGUGCCUUCAAGAGCUCCCACAACCUGGCCGUGCACCGCAUGAUUCACACGGGAGAGAAGCCCCUUCAGUGUGAAAUCUGUGGCUUCACCUGUCGUCAGAAGGCAUCUCUCAACUGGCACAUGAAGAAGCACGAUGCUGAUGCCACGUAUCAGUUUGCCUGCUCCAUUUGUGGCAAGAAGUUUGAGAAGAAGGACUGCGUGGUGGCCCAUAAGGCUAAGAGUCACCCUGAGGUGCUUAUAGCUGAGGCACUGGCAGCAAACGCUGGUGCCCUCAUCACAACCCCUGCCUCCCUGCUGGAGCUGCCAGGAAACGCCAUGCAAGCAGAGGUCGCCAGCCUGGACGUGAGCCAACUAGGGCAGGAUGGGCAGGUGGACCAGCUGAGCCAUGAAGGGCAAGUGGCUCAGGUGUCCCAGAUGGGUCAUGUGACCCAACAAGUGAGUCACCAGGUGGUUUUACUGGGACAAGACCAGAGCCUCCAUACCAUGCAGGUGCCAGUGACGAUCGCCCUGUCCCCCAUCGACCCCCCUUCGCCGGCUGACAACCAGCAGCAGACUCACCUCCAGCUCCAGAUGCCCGUCCAGUUUGUGCAGGCCGCUCAGCACCUCCACUCCAGCUCAGUGGUGACACAGCAUCAACCCCAGCUGCACCCUCUCCAGUCGUACUCCUCUCAGCAGCAGAGUCAGGGGCAGACACAAAUCCUUCAAAUGACCUUCCAGCCGGUCAGCCAGUCUCAGACCCACAUUCAGCAGAUCCCCAUUCUAGCCACCUCUCAGCAGCUUCAGACCCUGCACACAGCGGCCCUGAGCCCUCCUCUCCUGUCCCAAUCUCAGCCCCAGUCCCAGGACCCAGUCUCCACUAAUGGGGACAGCCUUAUCAUGGACAAUCCAGUGCUCUCGUCUUCCUCUCCCUCAGCCGGUUCUCUCGUGCACACAGAAGUUAUGGGGGAGGACAGCGUGGUCUGGGAGCAGACGGGACACGGAGAGGUUCUGUCGGACAGCGUUGAGAGACAGCAGACCCUCAUGUAAAACACUGAUAGUGAACACAAAACUGAAGCUAGAGGCAGACUGGUAUCAGUGAGCUGACAUACUGUGUUUCAAUGUUUGAGGUAAAUGUAGGAUCA